AUAUAGUGGACGCGACGACUAGGAGAGGUUAAUCGAACCCACAAAACAAGUAGCAACAAGUUGAUCCACUAAAUUCAAUCAAGCGUUGAUUCUACGCACCGCCCCCGAUUCCCAAUCAUCUUCCCAAUCUUUACGUAAUGUGAAUUGAAUUUUCAGUCUUUAUAUUAUCAUCCGCUCAUCUUUUUAUUCUUAUUUUGUGGUUUACCUUCUAAACCCACCCAACUUAUACCCACCCACUUCUCUUCUUCAUUCAUUCCACUUGGCUGGGUUUUUCUUUUCAUAUCCAAGAUUGAUCAUGUCGUUCAGAUUCCGAGGAGGGAAGAAUGCUUCUUCUGGAAUGGGUGUUGCUGAUCACUGUAAAGGCACCUUCUUGGAACUCCAAAGAAAAAAGGCACACCGUUACGUGAUUUUCAAAAUUGACGAGAAGAAAAAUGAAGUUGUUGUGGAGAAGACCGGCAAUCCUGCUGAAAGUUACGAUGAUUUUACAUCGGCGUUGCCCGAAGAUGAUUGCAGAUACGCAAUCUUUGACUUUGACUUUGUCACCUCUGAGAACUGUCAAAAGAGCAAGAUCUUCUUCAUCGCAUGGUCUCCUGCAACCUCUAGGAUCCGAGCGAAGAUGUUAUAUGCAACAUCAAAAGACAGACUCAGACACGAGCUCGAUGGGGUCCACUAUGAGAUUCAAGCCACCGACCCUACAGAAAUGGAGCUUGACGUGCUAAAGGAACGCGUAUACUAAUCGAUUAGCUUUCUUGAACCACUGGUUCUAGCUUCCUGAAGCUGCAGACUAGUUUCUGCUUCAUUCUAGCAAAAGAAUUCACGUUUCAUAAAAAUGGCACUCGGACGACAAUAAGCUUGUUUCACCGGAUUAUUGUAAGAAUUGUUCCAUUAUUUAUACUUACAAAUUGUUAUGUAUCUAGUGACUCAUCAUUAUAGAUUUAUAUCUAUAUAGUUGGCUUCUAAUCCUGUAACCUUCUUGUGUAUUAUUUUGUUAGAGGUGGCGGUUUCAGCCUACUUGCUUAAAAAUAAAUCGAUUUAGGUUAUGUUUUA